AGUUACGAAUAUCCUAAUAAUUAGCUUUUUGGUGUUGAACAAACAUCACAUGCACUCAAUCAUAUGGAAGCAAAUAUACAAAACCUAAAGCACCAAUCCAUGUAAAUGUAAUGAAAUAAUUUAAAUGAAAUUGAGAAUAUUAGACACGAAGUAUGGAGAGGAAGGUGAAGUGGGAAUUCUAAUGCUUCGUCUUAUUUGAAUGCCAUCACAUGCGAACUACCUCCUUUCAAUUUAACUAUUCGGAAGUCAGUUCAACACAUUAAUUCCACUCUUCAUGUAUGUGUCAUGUGUGUGUGUGUAUAUAUAUAGUGACAUACCCGUUAGGACUCAUUCAUCAAGUUCGAGCUCGAUCUCUAGGUGUAAUUAGAUCAAAGAUUUACAUGAUGAACCCGUUCAAGAGCAGCAUUAACAGUGCUAGACAGAAGCAAACCGGAGGAAAGUAUCUGGGAGUUCGUAGACGGCCAUGGGGACGAUAUGCUGCAGAGAUACGUGAUCCCACCACCAAGGAAAGGCAUUGGCUGGGCACCUUCGAUACUGCAGAGGAGGCCGCCCUGGCCUACGACAGAGCCGCGUUGUCUAUGCGCGGCUCUGGUGCCCGGACUAACUUUUGUUACUCGGAGUCAGACGUUGUCAUGCCUGCAGCUGGUAAUUCCUCUGUCGCCGACAAUCACUUUUCGGAGCAAACUCCACAGCUGAUGAUCGCAGCUGACUGCCCAAAUGAAGAGUCAUCCUCUGUCUCUGAGCCUUCUUCAUUGUGGCCAGGUUAUACUCUCGGUGACAGUGUCUAUCAGCAACAAGUUUCUGUAAGUGAAACGAACCAAGCAUUGUCCAAUUCCCACCAAACGCUAGAUGUGAUGCAGUCACCAGGUUAUGUUGAGGGACACCACAACCAAGGCGAAUGGACAAGUAGUCUAUUUGGGUACGAUGAGGCAAGAAGAGGGUCGCCUAGCAGCCUGCUAUUUGAUUCUAGUUAUGUACACAGUCCACUCUUCAGUCAGAUGCCUCCAGUUUCGGAUGCUGAUUCUUUGGCAACUUUUAAUUUGGGUUCUUCGGCCUAUUUCUUCUGAUUCAAUUGCCCCGUCUCCCUUUCACUCAAAUGCAGAUAGGGCACAUGCCCAACUUUUAGAUCGAGUAAAACUACUAAGCUAGUCCCCUCACCUCUCUUUCUGAUUCUUGUUUGCCUCUUGCUUCGUUAUUAUGUAGGGGGAAAUGUUACCCAAAUCGUAAAGCUGGAUUACAUGAUAAUCACCUAUUAAACCCGCA